AUGAAAGUUCGACCUGUUCGAUAUGAUAUAGGUAAGUCUUGUUGCUCGUCUUGUUUACCUGUUAGAAGUUUAAUACAACCACUGCCCCUGGAUAGUGCGGCCGGCCAUAGUGUACUCUCGUGAAAAAAAUCGACCCACAGUCUGAUUCUCGGCCGUCAUGUCCAACGACAUGUUAAUAGCACAUUGGUUUCAUCUGGUAGCCUGGUAUCACUCACGCCAAUGACAAAUUUCCAAGAUAGGGUUGAGGUGUCGAGGUUUGUUGGAUGGGAGUGCAUAAUUAUCAGACAAUAAGUGCUAACAAGGCCCCUGCCAUGUCGUGUGGUCUACAUUGACGAGCGCCCUUCCGUCAGUCAAUGAAGACUAUCAAAUCCGUCAUGGACGAUCAUGCGGCAGCGUGUACAUACAUACACUGAUCCGUGUGGGCUAGAGCUAGGGACCUUGCAUCGUUGGAGUGCCUGCGCAGAUGGCUGUUCGCGUCAACUUCUUUCCAAACUUUUCAAGGUCUCGACGUUUAAAAGUGUUAAUCUGCCAAGCAGGGUGGUUUAGAAGUUAUACCGUUUCGUAUAAAGGGGCCAAGGUCUCUGCCAACUUGGUACUUCAGCAUAUGUUGUUUUCUGUUUGGCUACUUUUGCCGUCAAUAACCACAAGACGUCUCUUUUCCCCACAUUGGAGGGGAAAUUUUAAUAUCCCUUCCUUUUCCUUCACACUCUUGCAAAAAGAACUCAAACGCUAUGUGGAGGCGAAGGGGGGCAAUGUGGACCCCGAAUUUCUCUCUCAUCUACCCUCCAGGGUGAAAAAGAUGCGACAUGAGGAGGAACUGGCCGCUUUGUCGGAGGCUGAGCGCCAGGACGAACUGAAAGCCCGUGAGCGGCAACUGGCCGAGAUCAGCGCCCUAAUGCUCCAACGUCCGGACCAGUUUGGUGAGGUCUCACUGGCAGAUAUCAGCCAGCAAAUGUCCUCUCUGUACGCAUAA